AGAUUUUUGUAUAAUUACUGAGCGAUUACAAAAUAUAUCUAGAAAGGAAAACGUACGUGAUACGAUUUAUUGUAAAACGUCAAUAACAAUUAAACCAUGAUUGACCCCAGUUCAAGCGAGGAGGAAGGCGAUGACGAUCCCAUAGUGGUUGCACCAAAAGGUCGCACAGCUGCAACAACAUCUUCUACUUCAAAUUCCAAACCUAAUGUUAAUGCCACCACAAAUGCUGAUGCGAACUUCUCUAGUUCUAAAUAUAAUGGCGAUCACUUGCAAACCUCUGCGCAUAAAUCAAUUGGCGGUACAGCUAGCGCGUCUGGCAAUGCAUCAGAACUUGGCACUGGAGCGGCAAGUGGGAACAGCAAGUUAGAGCAUGGUACCCAUAUGAUAACAGGUGGUGAUGUAUCAGGAAAUUUAGAAGUACCAAACAGUGCCAUACCCAGCGGUAUAUCACAAGAGACGCUCAACCAAAGUGUUGGCUCAUCACGUGCAAAUUCACUACCUCGACCAAUAUCGCCAUCACCGUCCGUUGUGAGCGAUAAAAAUGAUGGAGCCGUGCAUGAAAAACAGGAACGUGAAGAAGAGGAUCGCAAGCGACGUAUACAAUUAUAUGUUUUUGUUUCACGUUGUAUAUCGUAUCCAUUCAAUGCCAAGCAGCCGACUGACAUGACCAAGAGGCAGCCUAAAAUAGUCAAGCAACAAUUGGAAACAAUUACUCAGCGAUUUCAAGCUUUUCUAAAGGGUGAAACACAAAUAAUGGCUGAUGAAGCCUUUCAAAAUGCUGUACAAAGUUAUCAUGAUGUUUUCUUGAAAUCAGAGCGCGUACAAAAAAUGGUACAAUCGGGAGCGUGCUCCCAACAUGAUUUUCGUGAGGUUUUCCGAAAUAAUAUCGAGAAACGCGUGAGGUAAAUUUAAUUAAAAACAAAACUAUUUUAUUACUCAUCGGUACGAAUUAAAAAGAUAUCAAGGAUACUCAUUUAACAUGGCAUUUAUGUAAUAGUGGCAAAAUAGCAACUUGGCUUAAAUGAGCCCUCCAUGGCAAUAUUGCAUAAGAUAGAAGUUCU